UUUUAAUCUAACGACCCAAUUCCGACCGUGGAUUCUAUUACCUGUAUUGUUAUGACAUUGCACCCUUUACAAUUUGGUCUCGACGUCAACAAUCAUUUCUUGGGAUUGGAUAUAUUCAAUGAUCGUGAAGAUUCAAGGAUCGUGAUGGCUAUUUGAAUUUGACACGAAUAAAAUCCAUUUGGACAUGGAUAGCCCUGUUAACGGUUUAGUUGCGGUACACGUAGGUGCUGGGAAACAUUCGCUUAUCUUGAAACAAAAAUACCAAAAACUAUGUGGUCUUGCAUGCAGAAAGGCAACCGGUAUUCUGAAAGCUGGAGGGAAUGUUUUGGAUGCUGUAGUUGAAGCUACCAUCAUACUGGAGGAUUCACCAUUAACAAAUGCUGGAUAUGGCUCAAAUCUCACGUUUGAUGGAAAGGUCGAGUGUGAUGCCAGUGUAAUGAAUGGCCUAACACUGCAGUUUGGUGCAGUCGGGGCUGUGGGAUGUUUGAAAAAUCCAAUAGCAACUGCAAAGCUUCUGUGCAACCAACAAUCCAACAACAUCUCUUUUGGCAGAGUUCUUCCCAGUUUCUUAGUUGGAGAUGGAGCUCUCAUUUGGGGAAAGGAAAGAGGCUUGGAAGCUGUCCCAGCUGCAGAAUUAAUCUCUGUCAAGGCUUUGAAGAUUUAUAAAUACUACAAGCGAAAGGUCUUGAAUGCUGAAAAUAUACACAGGCAAAUCUCUACAAAAAUGGAUACAAUUGGUGCCAUAUGUGUGGAUGCUGCGGGAAAUGUUGCGUCUGCUUGCUCUAGUGGUGGCAUUAUACUGAAGCAUCCAGGCAGAGUUGGGCAGGCUGCAGUCUGGGGUUGUGGAGUAUGGGCACGUAACGGAAAGGUUUAUCCUGAUUGUUCUGUGGCAACAAGUACAUCCGGAUGUGGAGAACAUUUGAUAUCUACAACUUUAGCUCGCUCCAUUGCUGAGGGCAUAUCAAGUUCCAACUGUCCUACUACAGCUCUCCACAGCAUAAUGAAGACUGAUUUUAUAGAGUCACCAUUCUUGACAUUUUCGGGCCCAAAACUUGGCGGGGCUAUCGCCAUUAAAUAUUCUCCUCAGGAAGGCAGUGGGGAUCUCCUCUGGAGUCACACCACAGAAUCAAUGAUUAUAGGGUACAUGAGCACCAAGGAAGCAAAAUCAAAGAGUCGUAGGUCAGUAUUGACAACACCAGAAGUAGGCAGAAAAGCGGUUGUGGAAGGAAUCGGUUUCAGGAUAUGAAUGUCUAAAAUUUGUGAUACGAUCGUUCUCUGAAUAAAUUCUCUGAACGUUCAUCAGUCAGUGAAAAAAGCUACCAAUCAGGAGAUGAUGAAAUGGCUUUGCAGUCUAAGACACUCUUGGGUUUUUUUCUCAUAACGAGAUACACUACCAGUUGUGAAUUAUAGAAUUUUUAUUCCUUUUUUACAUUAUAUACAUUCCUAUGUAUGAUAAAUAGAAUUAGUUCGAUAGAA